UGCGACUCUGCGACGCCGCAAACAAAAUGGCUCUGAUUUUUGCAGACUAAAAAAGUUUCGUUUGAAUUUUCGCAAUUGAAAAUCUAUGAAAUCCAAGUGGACUGAAACAAUAGUAAUGUAAUUUUCAAGUGCCAUGUGCGAGAGUGUAGCCAAGAUGAUGAUGGUUCUAAGAUUUGUCAAGUGAAACGAUGCGAAACCUCCCCAAAAAUGGAAGGUAUGGACUUGUGGACGUCCAUGUUUUCGACAGACUUCGAGGAGGAGGAGGGAGGGGACGGCGAGGGAGAUAAUUAUAAUCAUGGCAACAACAUGCACGCAGACGAGUUUAUGUGCGAAGAGAUGGAGGAGGCGGAGGAGGCUGAAAUAGACGAGAUUGAUGAUGAUGAUGUUGAUCAUCAUGAUGGGGAACGGGGACAUAGAAAGCAAAAGGGACAUGAACCUGAUGACGAUGCCAUAUUUGAUUUUGAACUGGAGCCUAUUAUUAGUAUUGCUGAGCCAGGACCAGAGUCUGGGCGAAGGGAAAAUGCCGCAUUGGCGCCACCAAUACCAUCCGGUCCACCUGUAAGGGCUUCGCAUCGUCAGUCGCUGCCAGCAUCAUUUGGGUCAUCCAUAAUGCCAAGAGGAUCGGGUGCUGGGGCAGCUGCAACGCGUCCAACAACAUCACAAAUCAAUGCAACCGAUGAAAACGGAGUUCCAAUUAAUUAUGAAUUGGGUGUCAUUUACAUUUGUCCUGCUUGCGGAACCGAAUAUCGACAGCAGGAUAUGUGGAAGCGUCACAUGAACCAAAUGCACCAGUAUAAUACACGGAGAGGCCUCAAUUUUGUGGCCAUCGAUAAGCUGUAUCAUCGGUGCCUGGAGUGCAACAAGCGGAUUGCCAUGCACAGUCGGGAAAAUCUGCUGAAGCAUAAGUUUACCCAUUUGCCAUAUCGGUGCACCAAGUGCUAUAUAUGUAAGCGAGAGUACAAAUACAGGCAGGACCUGAUGGUGCAUCUGCGUAUGGUGCACUGUGAUGAGGUCGUGGCCAUGAUGCGGGAAAGCGACGGCACCGCAGGACGAAAGACACGCGUCCGUGAACCGCGCACCGAUCCACAUUUACCACUUCCAACUGCCCCACUCCAUGACGAUGACGAUGGAGAUGGCGAUGGCCUGGAAGUGAGGAAUGAACAUUUAGAUUCGGACGGUGCCGGAGUCGUUGAGCCCAGCGUCAGUUUGGAUGACGACCUGAGUCGCAGCUCGUUAGCCAAGCGGAAGCGGAGUAAUCCAGUUGCAGGCAACGGGAAUGGGAAUGGCAGCAGUGCCGCAGACAUGUGCGAGGAUUACAUACACUACAUGUGCCCGGAAUGCAGCACCGACUGCGAAACUCAUGCACAGUGGAGUCAACACAUUGAGUUCGUGCACGAUUAUGUCAGUCGGCGAGGACUCAACUUUCGUUGCGUGGAUAUGCAGAUGCAGUGUCUGGAGUGCAAACAGUUUGUUAUACCGAACACGAUCAAGACAUUGCGGGCUCACAAAUUUAGUCAUUUGCCGCAGCCGGAAUGGAUGCGCUGCAAGUUGUGCUACAAGGGCUAUACGGAGCAUCAUGAACUGAUAACGCAUUUGUUGAAGCAUCACCAUCUGGAGACUUUAAUGCCUGACGUUGAGGAGACGGAGGAGCCGAUGCCCAAUGCCAAUGCCGGAGAUGAUGGCGAGGAUGACUCUGUCAAUGAUAAUGGCAAUGGAUGCGAUGAUGAACUGGCGCAUUGGGACGAAGCACCACGUCGAGGCGGUCGCAUAAGUAGCGAUGAUAUGUACGAACCUCACAUUGACUAUCUGUGUCCACAGUGCGGCAGGGAAUUCAUCGAGAAAAAACACUGGCGCACUCAUGUCGUUCAAGUUCAUGGAAUGAACGAUUUGGCCAAGUUAAACUUUGAAGUGAUCAACGAUAGGCAAUUGAAAUGCACCGAAUGCGACAAGAUCAUCACGAAUGCAUACGGCAUACAGAAUGCCCAACAACAUCGGAUUACGCAUCUGCCGUACAAGGCAUACGCACGCUGUCGCAAGUGCCAUAAAUCGUAUACGGAUCGCAAGGGUUUGGUCAAGCACUUGGCCACAUAUCAUCGUGUUGGAUACGAGCCGCGUAGAGUGGCUGGAGGUGCUGGAAUGAGUACGGGCAGCGGCUUGGGCAUUUCUGCAAGUGGCCCGGCAUCAUCCAAGUCGCAGACGCCGCGUAAACAAAUUGUCACGGUGGCAAAUGAAACAUACGAGAUUAUAUAUUUGGACGAGGAGCAAUCAUCGCCCAGUAGCAAUAACAUUAACGAGGAGAACGAUUUUGGCGAACAAAUGCAAGGAGAUGAUGAUGAAUAUGUCACCAGUUUAAGCAGUCGUCAGUUGCCGCCAGCUGUUACUCCCAAUCCGAAUCCCACUUCCAAUCUCAAUCGCUACAAGUGCGUUGACUGCGGCUCCUUGUUUCCCACACAGGUGGCACUCAAAACGCACAUUAGCGAGGAGCACGAUUUUAUGGAUACACAAUAUAGUGCCAAGAAGUUUGACAACUCCGAACCGACUGAUGAAGUUGCUUCCGUUUCCACAUCUGCAUCCGCUUCGGCUUCUACUCAAGUGCCUGUGGCAGCAUCGAUUGCCACAGCAAAGACAUCAACACCCUCAAGUAGCAGUAAGAAAAUAGCACAAAUCAAUAGCUCAGGUGCAUCGACAAUAGAGCAAAAUUAUAUAUUCCUGUGUCCAUCGUGCGGAAAGGCGUACAAGACACAGUUUGAGUGGCGUCGUCACAUCAAUGAUGCCCACAAUUUCGACAAGCGUCAAUAUUUGAAUAUGCGCCAGUUGGAUAAGUAUCGUUAUCAGUGUACUCAGUGCAGGGAUAUUGUGAGCAGUUCAAAAUUAAAGGGUCUCCAGGAUCAUCACUUUCGCCAUCUUCCCUAUCGACUGUAUUUGAAGUGUCUCGUCUGUGGCACCUGUUACAAUCACAAGCCCAACAUUGCGGCUCAUCUGCGUACACGUCAUAAUAUCUACGAACGGGAUACGCCGUGGCGUGAGCUGCAGCCUAAACCACAGUACAACUAUGUGAUUAUGAAAGACAAGGAUAAGGAUGCGGAAUCUCGCGGUAUUUCACCGUCAUCAUCAUCGCCGACACCUGGCAGUAGUAGCAUUAAUUUGGGACGCUCGCUUAAAGCACAGCCUGGUGGUCUGCCGACUCGACCGGCUGGACUGAAUACGUUAGAGGAUAGCAUUUCAUAUCAUAAUGCUGUGGAUAUGGACUUUAUCACGUACUACUGUCCCAAGUGCAACAAGAACUUUGAUUCGCAUGCCUUCUGGCGCAAACACAUCGUGGAACAGCACAAUUUCAACAGUCGUCAGGGUCUGAACUUUCGUCAGAUCGAUAUGCAUCACUAUUUGUGCCUCGAGUGCUACAAGCGGGUGACUGUCACCCAUACAAAGGGGGCCAUCGGGCAGCUGCAGUCGCACAAGUUCCGACACUUGCCCUAUCGCUCUUUCAAAUGCUUGACCUGCAAUGGAGAAUUUGUGCGCAAGCAAAUGUUCUUCAAACACUUGAAUCGAGAAACAAAUCGCUGUGACAACAAACCACUCAGUGACCAUGACAACGACAAUGAUGGCGCAGAGCAGCAUGAGACAAUUGUCGGAGAAAAUGCUAUUGAUGCUGCUGCUUCAGCUGUAGUGGAAGUCGAUCCCGCUGCAUAUCAGCUAUGGUGUCCCCAAUGUGGCGACAAGUUUAUCACCAGCAGUAAAGCGCUCUGGCGUGAACACAUCAUCGCGAAUCAUGGCCUCGGCAAGCGAGAGAUGCUCCAUAUGCGAAAAGUGGUUGAUGAUCUGUACCACUGCACGGACUGUGACGAGCAGUUGCAAACAAAGCAUCUAAGGGUGCUGCAGGAACAUCGCUUUAAACACCUGCCCUAUGCCGCCUAUAUACGCUGCCAGCUAUGCGAGAAUCAGCAGGAUGAACUGGGUCAUGGGGCUGUUGCAGCUGGUCUGCACAGUAUGCAAGAGUUGCAGCAACACAUACGCGACAAGCAUCCCGACGUAUCCGAGAAUGAUGAGCAAAUGCUGUCGCUACUAGAUGAUGAGGACAUCCAGCUGGCAAACAAUGAGUCGACUGGCAAUGGCCGAUAUAUGCCGCUUCCGCCGCAUUUGCUGGAUGACGAUGCUGAUGACAUGGAUUUUGAGGCACAGUAUCUGCUAGGUUAGACAUAGUGUUGAAAACCGCUUGCUUAGCGCUCCUAAUAGGAGUCAACUCUCAUCCAUGAACUUAAGUAUUUAUAAAUAUUUAAUGAUAUUAUUUUACACUCAUGUAAAUCUCACAUAUACGAGUAGAUAUUAGAUAACUGACUAUUUAUUAUUAAAUUUUGGGUCGACUACCUGUUCCCAUGCCCCGAUCAUUAAAUAUAUAACUACCUUUAACUAUAGAGAACUUAAGCUAUUUGAAAUGUAACUAAUAUGCUAUUUAAAUUUAAGCUGCUGUUUAUUUCUUUAUUCAUUUAUUGAGAUUAUAUAUAAUAAGGUUGAUCCCGGAAAUAAAAACUAUGAUAUAGUUAAA